GUGCAUUUGUUUCCUACGGCUGCUGUAACAAAUGACCACAAACUUGGUGGCUUCAAACAACACAGAUGUACCAUUCCAGAGCCUCGAGGGUCUGCCUGCCUGCAUUCCAAGGCUCGUGGUUCCCUCCUCCAUCUGCAAAGCCAGCAACGGUCGGUCGAGUCUUUCUCACGUUGAAUCCUUUUGACGACAGUCCUGCUUCCCUCUUCACCGUUUAAGGACUCGUGAGGUUAGACCGGGCCCAUGCAAUGAGUCCAGAAUAAUCUCCCCAUCUCCCAUCAGCUGGUUAGUGACCUUAAAUCCUCGGGCAAAUUUACUUUCCCCUUUGCCACGUAACAUGGCCAGUCCACGGUUUUAGAGGGAUCUGGAUAUGGACAUUUUGUUCUGCCCACCACAUCCAGUGAGGUCACAAGGGCCUCUGUGACGUCAUUGUGCCCCGGUACCCAAAUUUACAAGCUGGCCCUCCCACAUGGUUGCUGGAUGGGCAAAUCUGUCACCAGGGAUUUGCACUGGGUGUCCUGACCCUCCAGCUCCCAUGGGAGAUCAGCCUGAGGAAGCUCAGAAGCCUUGCUUGAGUGUCCAGACCCUGUUUAAGAGGGUCAAGGCCUUGCUCACCAAAGCCCCAUCUCCGACCCUGCCCCUACCCCCCUCCCGGAAUCCAGGCUGUACACAUGUGUACGGGUAUGUGUUUGGGCACGUGCGCGAAAAUGACCUGGAGCAUCUCCCAUCACAGCAGGUGCUGGACACAGGAGAGCAGCUGAUGGUUCCCGUGGAUGUCCUCGAAGUGGAUAACGAGAGCGCCCUGUGGAAGUUUCUGCUCUCAGGGGCCAUGGCUGGGGCGGUAUCCCGCACGGGCACAGCCCCUCUGGACCGAGCCAAGGUGUAUAUGCAGGUCUACUCCUCCAAGACUAACUUCAUGAACCUGCUGGGGGGGCUCCGAAGCAUGGUCCAGGAAGGGGGCUUCCGCUCCCUGUGGCGGGGCAAUGGCAUCAACGUCCUCAAGAUUGCCCCUGAGUACGCCAUCAAGUUCUCCGUCUUCGAACAGUGUAAGAAUUACUUCUGCGGAGUGCACGGGUCCCCACCCUUUCAGGAACGUCUCCUCGCUGGCUCCCUCGCUGUGGCGACCUCUCAGACGCUCAUCAACCCCAUGGAGGUGCUGAAGACACGGCUGACCUUGCGCCGGACAGGCCAGUACAAGGGGCUGCUGGACUGUGCAAGGCAGAUCCUGAAGCAGGAGGGCACCCGUGCCCUAUACCGCGGCUACCUGCCCAACAUGCUCGGCAUCAUCCCCUACGCCUGCACGGACCUGGCCGUCUAUGAGAUGCUCAGGUGUUUCUGGUUGAAGUCAGGCAGGAACAUGGAGGAUCCCAGUGGCCUGGUCAGUUUGUCAUCGGUGACACUGUCCACGACCUGUGGCCAAAUGGCCAGUUACCCGCUGACGCUGGUGCGCACCCGGAUGCAGGCCCAAGGUCAGAAAAGCCCCAGUGGCCACCGUGCGUGCCCCCCUGCCAGCCUUGACGCUGAACGUUCUCAUCCCCCAAAACUGACUCCCAAACUCUCCACAUCUGAUCCUGGCCACCUGUGCCGAACUCUAAACUCACCAAGACUCACCCCCAAAUACGACCCCAGCCCCCAAAUUAACCCUACAAACCAGUGAAAUGAACAUAUCCCGACGGACCCCCAUAAACGCCCCCCAAAUGCGACUCAGGCCCCCACACCAUACUUCAAGACACAUAUUCCCCAAAUGCUCUCCCCAAUUCUCCAACAGACCUACCCUGUAUUCCUAAAAUUCCUAAAUUUGCUAAAACCAAAGUUUAGGCCUCCCAGUGUCAUAACCGUUUCCCCCACUAAGUUGGGUACCCCCCAAAUGGACUCUCAGCCCCUAAUCCAAUCCACAAACACCCAAACAAGUCCUCGGUCCACUACCCGAAUCUUGAAGAUAUCCCCAAACCACCCCUUAGCACACUCCCAAAUCUCUGGCAGAUCUUCGAAGUUCCCUCCCAAGUAAAUGUGAAAGCUUUCUAAGAUGUUCCCGAAAACAAAUCCUGAAAACUCCUGCCUGGGUUGAUCUCACUCUCCCCCAGACUGACCGAUUUCCUCUAAAAGUCUUCCAAGCUCCUUCCCAACUGACCCCCAGACUCCGACCCCUGGCUUCAGCCAACCCCCCAACAUUCCAGCCACCCACCCCCCCGCCAGGUGGCCAGAUCAUCUCUGCGAGAAGCCCUGAGCUUGCCCCUGUUCCCACAGACACUGUGGAGGGCUCGAACCCCACCAUGUGCGGAGUCUUUCGGCGGAUCCUGGCCCAGCAGGGCUGGCCAGGGCUGUACCGAGGCAUGACUCCCACUUUA